GUGUCGAAAGUGCGAUGUCAGAUCUAAGAACGAGUAUGUUUGUGUCGAAUCUGUCUUUCUAGGAGGAAGUUUAAAUGCGUCCUUAGACUUCACUCGUUGAAAGGAUACUAUGGCAGCCAUCAAAGCCUCCAAAGAACAGAAAUACGACAGGCAACUCAGACUGUGGGGCGACCACGGCCAAGAAGCACUGGAGAAUGCACACGUGUGUCUCAUCAACGCAACAGCGACUGGAACAGAAAUACUGAAGAAUCUGGUACUUCCAGGUAUUGGGGCAUUCACCAUUGUUGAUGGACACACAGUUUCUGGGGAAGAUGUUGGAAACAAUUUUUUUCUUAGCAACAACAGCAUUGGAAAGAACAGAGCACAGGCCGCCUCUGAGCUGCUGCAAGAACUUAACAGUGAUGUCUCUGGAAACUUUGUCGAGGAGAGUCCAAACAAGCUUCUGGACAACAAUCCAGAGUUUUUCAACCGGUUUACCAUAGUUAUUGGGGUCCAGUUGCCAGAAAGCACAUGUUUGAGGCUCGCAUCAGUCCUGUGGAGUGCCUCUGUACCUUUCCUGGUCUGUAAAUGCUACGGCCUGAUCGGCUACAUGAGACUGGUGGUGGAGGAGCACACAGUGAUCGAAUCCCAUCCGGACAAUGCUUUGGAGGACCUGAGGUUACUCCAGCCUUUUUCCGAAUUGAAGAAGCACAUCGAGUCCUACAAUCUUGACAGCAUGGACAAAAGGGAUCACAGUCACACGCCAUGGGUCAUCAUCGUUGCCAAGCACCUGGAGCAAUGGCUCAGUGAGCACAAAUGUCAGCCACCGAAAAAUUACAUGGAGAAGGAGGCCUUUAGACAGUUUAUUCGGAAAGGGAUCCUGAAGAACGACAACGGUGUCCCAGAAGAUGAAGAAAACUUUGAAGAAGCCAUCAAGAACGUCAAUACUGCUUUGAAUCCCACCAAGAUUCCUAGUGCUGUCGAAGACCUCUUCAAUAGUAAGGCGUGCAACAACAUCACAUCACAGACCCCGUCCUUCUGGGUGAUGCUGCGAGCUGUCAAGGAAUUUGCUUCCAAGGAAGGCAAUGGAAGCCUACCUGUACGGGGAACCAUCCCAGACAUGAUCGCAGACUCUCAGAAGUUCAUCAACCUUCAGAAUGUUUACAGGGAAAAGGCCAUGCAGGAUGCAUUAGCUGUGUCUAAGCAUGUUGAAUGUUUAUUACAGUCUAUUGGAAAGCCCCCAGAAAGCAUCUCUGAGAAGGACAUCAAACUGUUCUGUAAGAACUCAUCCUUUUUAAGAGUGGUGGGCUGCAGAUCUCUGGCUGAAGAAUAUAGUGUGGAUUCAGUAAAUAAAGAUAAAAUCACUUCAAGCAUGGACAACCCAGACAGCGAGAUGGUCUUCUACCUGAUGCUUCGCUCUGUAGACCGCUUCUACCAGCUGCACUCCCGCUACCCAGGAGUUUAUAACUACCAGGUGGAGGAGGACAUCAGCAAACUGAAGCUCUGUGUGAACAGCCUACUGCAGGAGUACAGCCUCAACGUCAACAUCAAAGACGAUUACAUCCAUGAGUUCUGUCGAUAUGGUGCAGCAGAGCCACACACUGUUGCAGCAUUUUUGGGAGGUUCUGCAGCUCAAGAGGCCAUCAAGAUCAUCAGCCACCAGUUUGUGCCCUUCAACAACACUUUCAUUUACAACGCAAUGUCACAGACCUCUGCUACCUUACAGUUGUGAAUACUUCAUGAGUUUGCUUACAGAAAUAACCAGAGAAGGAGGGGCCGGAUCAGAAGGUCAGAGGAAGACUUGCAAAAUGAUAUAAUAUUAUACAUUCUUGGAAUGUAAUUUUGAGAUUAGUCUCCAUGAGAGGAAAACAACUACCUUGUCUCUCCUGGUCUCCGUAGAAAAGACCGAAUUGGGUUAAUAAAUUAAAAGUUAAAGAAUGCUUGCGUGUUUGAUGGGAAAACCGACAAUGCGUGCAAUAAAACCUAAAAAGCGCUUUUCACGCUCAAUGUCAGAGGUCGCAAGUUCACGGCAACUCGAUCUUCUGAAUCCUAAAUUCUUGAAGGGCCAAAUCAAGAUGGUACCCGCUAAACAUUUUAUCCUCAAAGCCGCAACGCUUGUUUAUUCCAAACCGUCAUUUAGUGUUUUCAUUUGACCAAUGUUCUAUUACUAUGUAGCAGCCCUGUUUACUUACUACAGAGUUUUGGCUAAAAUGAAUAUGCUGCAUGUAUUGUUAAACUCAAGCAUUACUGUAAAACAUUGACUAUUUAACCUGAAAUUGAUUUAUUUUUUUAAUGCAAAAGUGAAGUUGACCCUUAAUAAACAUGCAUGUGGUACAGUGUAAAAGUGGAUUUGUUGCUUGCUCAUUGUCCAACUUUUCUAUU